UGGUCCUGCUGACCCUAUCGCCCCCACCAUAAUCAUCCCCCCCAGGAACACCAGUGUAGUGUCAGGCACUUCUGAAGUCACCAUGGAGUGUGUCGCCAACGCCAGACCCCUGAUCAAACUCAGCAUCACAUGGAGGAAGAACAGGGUUCUGGUCACCAGUGGUCUGAGUGACUUCAACCGCAGACUGACCAUUAUCAGCCCUGUGGUCAGUGACUCAGGGUUCUAUGAGUGUGAGGUGGUCCUCCGCAGCAGCAGUGUGCCUUCUGUCAACGCUGGGGCCUACCUACAUGUUCAAGAGCCUCCCCAGUUUGUGAAGGAACCAGAGAAACACAUCACUGCUGAGAUGGAGAAAGUGGUGGAUAUCCCCUGCCAGGCACGAGGUGUGCCUCAGCCAGACAUUGUGUGGUAUAAGGAUGCGGUGCCCAUUAGUCCGGUGAAGACCCCCAGGUACAGGGUGUUGGUGGGGGGCAGUCUGCAGGUCAAUGGGCUUCUGCCCGACGACACAGGAAUGUUCCAGUGUUUCGCCCGGAACCUAGCUGGAGAGGUGCAGACCAACACCUACCUGGCUGUCACUAGCAUCGCCCCUAAUAUCACAGCUGGGCCAUCCGACAGUACAGUGAUUGACGGCAUGUCAAUCAUCCUCCACUGUGAAACAUCAGGAGCUCCCAGACCGGCCAUCACCUGGCAGAAAGGUGAGCGUGUCCUAGCCAGUGGUUCUGUCCAGCUGCCCAGGUUCACCCUGCUGGAGUCAGGCAGCCUGCUCAUCUCUCCUUCCCACUUAUCAGACGCUGGCACCUAUACCUGCAUGGCCAGCAACUCCCGGGGCAUAGACGAGGCUGCUGCUGACCUGUUGGUGUGGGCUCGUACACGUAUCAACACCCCCCCUCAGGACCAGAGUGUCAUCAAAGGCACCAAGGCCACCAUGACCUGUGGAGUUACACACGACCCCAGUGUCACCGUUAGGUAUGUUUGGGAAAAGGAGGGAUCGGUCAUCAACGCCCAGUCUAUCCCCCGUAUCCGUCUGGACCCUGAUGGUACCCUUCACAUCUCCCAGACCUGGUCAGGUGACAUCGGGACCUACACCUGCAGGGUCACCUCCGUAGGGGGCAACGACUCACGCAGCGCACACCUCCGAGUCAGGCAGCUGCCCUAUGCUCCAGAGAACCCUGUGUCUCUGCUGAGCUCCUCAGAGAAGAGGGCCAUCAACCUGACAUGGGCCAAACCCUUUGACGGGAACAGCCCCCUAAUUCACUACGUCCUGGAGGUCUCCGAGAACAACGCUCCCUGGGCUAUCCUCCUGGCCAACAUAGAGCCUGAGUCGACCGCGGUGACAGUCAGUGGGCUCAUCCCAGCACGCUCCUACCAGUUCCGCCUGUGUGCCGUCAAUGACGUGGGAAAGGGCCAGUUCAGCAAGGAGACUGACCGUGUAUCUCUACCAGAGGAACCUCCCAGUGCUCCUCCCCAGAACGUGAUCGCCAGCGGCCGCACCAACCAGUCCAUCAUGAUCCAGUGGCAGCCCCCACCAGAGAGCCACCAGAACGGGAUCCUCAGAGGCUACAGCGUCCGGUACCGUCUGACAGGUCUUCCAGUGGACUACCAGAGUAAGAACAUCUCCAAACCAGACGUGACCAACCUUCUCCUGGAAGAUCUUAUCAUCUGGACCAAUUAUGAGAUUGAAGUGGCAGCCUACAAUUGGGCGGGGCUAGGAACCUUCAGCCACAAGGUCACUGAGUGGACGUUGCAGGGAGUGCCGACUAUAGCCCCCAGUAAAGUUCAGGUGGAGGCCGUCAACUCCACGACCAUCCGUAUCACCUGGGCCGCCCCUAACCCUCAGUUCAUCAACGGGAUCAACCAGGGAUACAAGCUGUUGGCAUGGGAGCCAGGUCAGGAAGAGGAGGUCACCAUGGUUACAGUGAGACCUAACUUCCAGGAUAGCGUGCAUGUGGGCUACGUGACAGGGCUGAAGAAGUUCAGAGAGUACUACACCUCUGUGCUUUGUUUCACUACGCCAGGGGAUGGACCCCGCAGCCCUGCUAAAGGCCUUAGGACACAUGAAGACACUCCUGGGGCUGUGGGUCACCUGAGCUUCACAGAUAUCCUAGACACGUCUCUCAAAGUGAGCUGGAGAGAACCUGGAGAGAAGAAUGGAGUCCUCACAGGCUACCGUAUCUCGUGGGAGGAGUUUAACCGCACCAACACACGGGUGACCCACUACCUCCCCAACGUGACCCUGGAGUACCGCGUCACGGGGCUGACCGCCCUCACCACCUACACCAUCGAGGUGGCCGGCAUGACCUCCAAGGGCCAGGGACAACUGUCCUCCUCCACCAUCUCUUCUGGAGUGCCUCCAGAGCUGCCUGGUCCUCCCACCAACAUGGCCAUCUCCAACAUCGGCCCUCGAUCCAUCACCCUCCAGUUCAAACCUGGCUAUGAUGGAAAGACCUCCAUCUCUCGCUGGCAGGUAGAGGCCCAGGUCAGUGUGAUAGGAGACAAUGAAGACUGGGUGAUUGUUCACCAGCUGCCCAACGAGCCUGAUGCCCGCUCCAUGGAGGUGCCAGGACUCAACCCAUACACUUUCUACAGGUUCCGUAUGCGUCAGGUAAACAUUGUGGGAACCAGUCCUCCAAGUCAGCCCUCCAGAAAGAUCCAGACCUUGCAGGCCCCUCCAGACAUGUCCCCCGCAAACGUCACCCUGCGCACGGCCAGCGAGACCAGUCUGUGGCUUCGAUGGGUGCCCCUACCAGAGUGGGAGUACAAUGGGAACCCAGAUCUGUUGGGCUACCGGCUCCAGUACUCCCGUACAGGCUCCCAGGGCAAGGCGCUGACCCAUGUGAUAGCUGACCGGCUGGAGAGGGAGUUCACUAUCGAGGACCUGGAGGAGUGGACAGAGUAUGAGGUCAGGGUUCAGGCUCUCAACGGUAUCGGGGCCGGGCCCUGGAGCCAGCCAGUCACAGGGAGGACCAGGGAGUCUGUCCCUUCCUGUGGCCCUACCAACAUGUCAGCCUUCGCCACCACCUCCAGCAGUAUCCUGGUGCGCUGGUUUGAAGUACCAGAACAAGACCGGAAUGGACUUAUCUUGGGCUACAAGGUGUUGUAUAAGGAGAAGGACUCUGACUCGUCUCUCCAGUUGUGGACAAUAGAGGGGAACGCCAGCCACAGUGUCCAGCUGACUGGUCUGGGGAAAUACGUUCUUUAUGAGAUCCAGGUCCUGGCCUUCACCCGCAUCGGAGACGGCAUGCCCAGCUCACCACUCAUACUGGAGAGGACCCUGGACGACGUGCCCGGCCCUCCAGUGGGCAUCCUGUUCCCUGAGGUCCGGACCACCUCGGUGCGUCUCAUCUGGCAGUCCCCGUCUCAGCCAAAUGGCAUUAUCCUGGCCUAUCAGAUCACGUACCGUUUGAACUCGAGCAAUAGCAACACGGCCACAGUGGACGUGCUGAACCCGAGUGCUCGUCAGUACAUGGUGACGGGCCUGAAAAGAGAUUCAAUGUAUGUGUUCCGCAUCACAGCCCAGACACGCAAGGGCUGGGGAGAAGCCGCAGAGGCACUGGUGGUCACCACCGAGAAGAGAGCUCGCCCCAGCCCACCAAUCGUCCCAUGGUGCCCCAGAAGGAUGUUCAGGCCCGCAGUGUGUUGUUGUCAUGGGAACCAGGCAGUGACGGCCUCUCUAUGGUCCGCUACUACACCGUGCAGCUGAGAGAACUGCCCGACAGCAACUGGACUAUCCACUCUGCCUCGGUCACCCACGAGGCCAGCUCCUACAUAGUUGGCAGGCUGAAGCCCUUCACCUCCUACCAGUUUAGAGUGAAAGCCACCAACGACAUAGGAGACAGUGAAUACAGCGAGGAGAGUGAAGCUAUCACUAC